CAGGAAAGUGAUAAAGGGGAUGACCACAGAAGUCAGCUGCUUUGAUGGUCAUAUAAAAAAACUCACACUGCUGCCGCCGCUCUCAGUCUGUGUGUCAGCAUUCAAUCCUUCAACUCUGCAGACAUCUGACAUUUGAUGUGAUCAUGGCCGUGACAAACCAACCAGGACGAUUCCAGCCUUCUGAAUUUCAGACCGGCGUGUGUGAUUUCUGUGACGACUGUGGAACUUGUUUCUACGGUCUCUGCUGCUACUGCUGCCUCGGCUGCUCCAUCGCCAGUGACAUGGACGAGUGCUGCCUGUGUGGACUGGGCAUGCCGAUCCGCAGCGUUUAUAGGGCCAGAUACAACAUCAGUGGCUCCAUGUGUAACGACUUCAUGGUGACCUGGUGCUGCCCGGUCUGUGCCACCUGCCAGCUGAAGAGAGACAUCGACCGCAGGAAGGAGCAGGGCAUUUUCUGAGCGGAUGCUUCCUGAUGAAUCCACCUGGAGUCCAUCGUCUCUUGAAAAUCAUCUUUUCUGAUAAAUUACAACUUUUUGUAUCAACUUUGAUCCAGUGAGAACAAAGAGAAUCACUUUCAUGGAGUUAAACAUUACCUUAUUCCAACACACCUGGAGGGUGGAGUCCUGAUUGACUGUAACUGUAAUAGAUCCUGUGUUUUACGAGCUGCCGGGAUGUGGCCGGAGUUCUGUUGACUCUCAUUGUGUAACCAAGUCAUGAAGUUCUUCUUUUGGGGGAUUAAAAACGUGACUACAAUCAUGAUCACAGCGUUUCACAUUUCCUCUCAGACUUUUUAAACGGUUUCAGUUUCCUCCUCUUCAGACUGAGAGUCUAACUGUUGAACUUCAUUAUGAGGAACCUGAUGAACUCUUGAAUUAAAUACCUUAACUAGUACAAGUUGUCACGUCUUUCUUCAGCAAUGAGAGGCGGCUCUUUCAGCUCCCUAGCAGCUCUUCUUUACCAUUUUACCUUUUAUUAAAUCAGACAUUAGCAGCAA